CUCCAGAAGGAUUUUGACCUUUAUUUGCAUAUCACGUGAUACGUGGAAAACAGGUCAAUAAUGUCAAUUGUUUCAUUUACCUAGCAUGAUAAUUUCGCCAAUGAUUAUAGCAGAUAUACAACGACACCCUACCUCAUCCCCUGCCCCCUACCCCCACCUCCAAAGUAGAGGACGGACCAGCAAUUACAAUUUAACUGAACAUCCUAACUAGACCUGACGCAGCCAGCCAUCUUUUUUUUUUUUUGGUUAAUCCGUAUUACCAAGACACAGAUCGUUGCUAAGCAACGCAAGCACAGAACGCGAGCCUUCAUUGGACAGCGGGAAUCGAUGAUAGAACCGAGAAGGCGAGAGGCUGGUGACGGCGAGACAACCAUGCACAGCGCGGGGCGGCGCAGACGACAGGUUUAGUGUACGCUGACGGACCAACUCGACGGCAUCCGGGAACCAACGGUGCCAGACUCGCACUGUAAAGGCGUCGAACGCAAAGCUGUUUUAUGGUCUUGGCAUGAGACAUACAUUUUGUGUGGGACAAGAGCUAUUCGCAGGCCAACAAAAGGAACGCACACGCGGUGGUCACCUCACAGCAUUCAGUGUCAUCUCGCCCAGGUUGCUGGGAAGCGCCGCUGGCAGGCUAUUGUAGCAGUACGGACAGCUGUGGGAAAUUACGGCGUUACGCUCGAAUGGACAUCGUAAAUACUUUUCUGUAGCCGUAUUUGUCCUGCACAAAGCAUUAUUCAACAUGAUCGCAGGUUCGACAUCAAUGAAAGGGCCUUCUGUCAGUAGACAACCUCAGCUAGGGCCGUUAUAGGUGAAUGGCUGAAGCCAGGCAGUAUAAUUGAUAAACGGAAACUGCCAUACUGCCCAACAAAUUACAGAACACCCAGACGACCAGCUGUUCUCGUAUCAGUGAAGUAACUUAGGGGAGCAGGAACGCUAACUGAGGCAUUUUAAUAUUGGGCGUCUAUUUCCUACGGCCACUCAGACAUUUGAGUAACUUCUUGAGUCUUCAGACUGCAAAUAAAAAUUACACGGAAUGGACCAGAAAGAUAAGCUUCAGAUUUGUGCACAACUGCUGCUUUUACUGGCUGCAGUUACCAUACAAGAUGUUGAGUUUAUGUACAAGGAGACUUUGCUUCUCAACUGCAAUGGAACUGAUGGAACUAAUGGAACUAAUGCAACUUGGUGGAAGGACAGUAUAAGUGUUAUAAAGUUAAACUAUGAUGGUGUAGAGUUUGAAACGCUUGCGAAUGGAUCACUUCAAAUAAAAAAUGCAAUACGAGACAUUGCAGGAGUUUACACGUGCCAGUGUGACUGUGGAAAUAAAACUGCAACAAUUUAUGCAGCGGCAAAAGUAGUGCCUUUUGAGACCUCCAUGAAUCUGGAGCAGGGUGACAUGCUAAACAUCACAUGCAGAGUGUUGGGUUAUCCUCUGCCAUCUAUCACAUGGCUCAAGGAUGGCAUUGAGCUUCAUUUGGAUUCAAGGUACCAAUUGUCUGAGUUCAGUGGAUUUCCCAAUGCCAGUCUGGCAAUCAAAUCUGUUGAUUUUGGUGAUGCUGGGGUUUACACUUGCCAGGCUUCAAGCAGCAGAUACAAUAUCUCAAGCUCAGAGACCAUCAUUAUCCGUGUUAAAGACAAACUGGCGCCUCUCUGGCCUCUCCUUGGCAUCGUGGUUGAAGUGGUUGUCUUGUCUGUCAUCAUCUUUGUCUUUGAAAAGAAAGGCAACAGGAUCUCCAACACUGAAGAGGAUGACAGCAAAGAGAGUACCACUAAAGAGAAGAAAUCAAAAGGAGUACGCCAUCGUGGAAAUGCAAAUAAUCCAAAGUCUUAAGGUGUGGCAUAUUGAAGAAGUGCUCUCAAAUAUAUUCCAGUCUUUGUAAUUAAUGAAACUAACAUUUUUUUUUUCACAAAAACUUUUCAUUUCUUUUCCUUAGCCUUCAGUCAUACCUUGGCACAUCAUGUGAUUUGUACUUGCUUAUAUCUGAAAUGAUUGUGGGAGAUAAGGAGUGUGUGUGUGUACAUGAGCGAGAGAGGUGAACAGUGGCCACUUUAUGUUAGUGCUCUGUACUUGGUUCUAAAGUACUUUAGAUUGCAGAUUUGGUGAUUUUUAAGAUUAUGCUUGUUUGAUGUUUCAUGUCAUUUCAUAUAACGCUUGUAAUACAAGCCAAGGUUAACUCAAAUAGUUUUGUGACUUUGAUGUUAAAAAUGGACUAGAAUGGGUAUUUAAGUAAUUGUCGUAUUAGUUUUUUUCACAUUGCCAUGCUUGUGGAAGAUGGGAUGGCAUUUUUUGAAGACUGUUAUCACAAGCAAUGAUAAUUUAUUAGCCCCCAGCAUAAGAUGAAGCUGAAUUAAGAAAAGAUUAUUCUAGACUUUAAGAAUUUUGUUUACUUUCUUUGUUUAUUUUCUGUCCAUUUCCAUUGUUGUAUAUUAAUGGGAAGUAAAUCAGGUAAUCAUAAACUACCUAUUUGUUUUCUUACUAGAAAAGGAUUUUAACAUUUACAGACUUUUUUUGGAAUGUUCAUUCUACAAGAAUCCCUUGUAUAAAUUGAAAGUUAACUCUAUGUAUUUCAUCCAAUUAAUUGUGACUAUCGGUUGUAUAGAAUUUAUACUUUUGGUAUUCCUAUGUACAUAAAUGUAGAUAUAAUGUAUACAUAUUUAAAAUAUUAUAUUUUAUUGUAUUGUUUUUAUUUUACUUUGGAUAGAUGUUUAAAAAGUUAAAAAGUUAAAAAAUGAUCUCCUAUUUUUAGAAAACUGCUGCCUUGUAUUACUUAUUACGUAUGUGAAAUUAUCCAAUUUUGAAUCUGUGAAGAAUUUUACUGUGAUGUUUACAAAACAUAAUUAUGAGAGAAUUUUGUGUUUGUAUCUUUUUUCCCUGUUGUUUACAGUUUUAGUAUGCUAAGGUUUUGAAGUUUUAAUAUGGUGAAGUUUUGAAGCAUAUUAAUGUCUUAUUUCAUUUAGCUUCCUUCCCAUUUUACUUCAUCUUUACUCAAGUGAACAUUUUGUCUUUUUUCUCCCUUUUUAACAUAUAUUUCUUUACACUUUCGAUAUGUGAGACCUAUAAAAAAUGUUUUAAGAUGCUCAUCCUAUAGUGUGACUUGUUAGUGUGAGGUUUUCUUUGUGUUUGCAUGAUAUUCAGGGUAUAAUUGAUGAAACUGUUUAUGUACUGAACAUUUCUAGUUUUGAUGCAUGGGUCAAAGGGAUAAUGUCUGUGUUAUUGUUUUCUUUUGUUUGUAUUGUGUAUACUGGAAUCUUUAGUGUUAAAGAUUUGUCUCAAGAUGCAACCAACAAAAAUAUUCUUUGCAUUUAUUAUUACCAUACUAUAGAAAAUGCUUUGGUAAAAGAGUCAGUUAAUGUGCUAGGCUGAGAUCAGUAUAAUCCAUUUAAUUAUUUUCUCUUUAUAAACACUAGAGGCAUUAUCUGUGAAAAAAUCUCUGAUUUUCAGCUUAUAUAGUAACACGUUUGUAAUUAUAUAGUAACUUGUUGGUAAAAGGUUAGGUGACUUCUAGAGCUGAUUCUUUGCUGAAAUGAUAAUCAUUAGGGUGGUGCCGUAUGUUAAAUUUUUUUUUUUCUUCUGAGAAGUGCUCUUUUUUCUGUAGUGAUAUUUCUCAGUUAUGUUAAACUUCCAGUCUGUAGAUAUUCUUGAAAUGUGGCAUGCUUCUGGUUGAAUGAUAUAGUUGUGAUGUUAUGUAAAAUUUGUGUUUUGUGAAGAACACUUCAUUGGAAUCAUGAACAUGAAAGCUUCAGCCAUGCUUAACAACAUUGUUGGCCAGUGGUUACUCUGCAAAGGCCAACAUAGGAAAUUCCGUCCUUCUGCUUAAAGACUACAGUUCAGCCUAUACAUGGAAGCUCUUCAAUUUAUUGGAAUAGUUAUUGCUAGUCAAGAGUCCUAUUAUUUAUGAAUAUCACCUAUUAAACAGAAGAAUGAAAAGCACC